AUGGUCAUGUACUGGGGCUUUGCGAGCGAUCUCUGGGCGGUCGAUCCCAGCAACCAGACACUUGUUGGCGGCUUGAGUCUGCUCCGGUCCAGUUCUCGCUUUGCCUUUGCCAACAUGAGUCGUCAAGCACUGCUUGUUGACAACUUGACGUUGUCAGAGCCGCUGCAAGGCGGCUAUGUCGCGCUGUCCGCUGCGCUCGGUCCCUUGAAUGCGGUCGACAUGCUUUACGUUCUCUGCCCGACACCGGUGCUUGAGCUCUACCACGGUCUUCUUGAAGCCGUCGCCAUUCUCACGACGGGCAUAAAUGCUUCGAUCCAAGCCAGCUAUCUUCGCAUCCCGACGUCGCCGCUCAUCAUUCCAGCGCCGUCCCCGUGGCUGGCCCAUCCGAUGACGAUCAUCGCGGUGGGCGGCAACAUCUUUUGCCCCAUCAACCAAGUCGGCGGCCCGUUCUUCAUGGGCUACGGCGUCGGCUUUGCCGACACGAGCUUUUGCAACACGUUUGUGACCGACAACAUCGAGCCCUCGAUCAACCACGUGCUCUUCGCCACC